AUGCCCUUUUCUCCCAAGACCUUCGUUCGCCUCCUAGACAUGGCGGCCGAUUCUCUAGAGAAUAUGUCUUUGCAGCCUCCUUCGCCUGGCGAUGCCGGCUGGACAAAAGCUCCCUCAUUUCAAGAAAAGAGCAUACCUGUGCCUUCGGUUACUGAAGUUCGCCAUGAUCAGUUUGGGAGGAACUCUUCGGCCGCUCUUUCAGCUGACCUGGUGCGCAGUUGCAGUACAGUGGUUCCCCGCCGCCCAGGACUGACAACCCUCAGCAUUCACGUUUUUGCUGACGAACUCCGGGAUCUGACUGAUAUUUUGAAGCAAAGUUUUCCUUUCAAGUGGAACUUGUUCACUGAAAUCGUUUUGCGGUUGUACCCAAAUCUGAAGAUGUUUGUAAUGAUCAUAUCAAUGCAAUAUGAUUUUGGGAAGAAUGCUACAGGGAAGCUGGAGUUGUCAGUUAAGAGGGUGCUUAAUGGGCUGGGGGAGAGGGUGACGAUUGAAUGUCUGGAUGAAGACCCUAAGCCACAGGAGCCAUAG